AUGGAAGUAUAUCGUUCAGUUCUUCUUUUUGUAUAUGUCGGGAGUUGUGGUAGUGUAUAUUUCCGUUGGCGACAUCUGAUAAUGUUCACGGAUGUGAUCGCCACUUUUUUCAUUAUGCGGUACAUUUUUAAGAGUGUCCACCAUAGACAUGUGAAAAGUGGUGAUGAUAAUCUGCAAAAGAUGAGUGUGAGCAGAGAAGCGAAGACGAUUGCGAUGAUAUUGACAUUGAUAACUGUAGAGAUGUUCCUAACAUAG